GCGCUCUAGGAUACACCACACUGCUCUAUAUUUAGAACCUUGUCUGACUUGGCUGCCUUCCAGCCACUCACGCGGGAGCCUCCGUGAAGGGGGGACGAGGAGGCAGCAGCGCCCCCCCCCGCCGCCUUUGGAUGAGAAGCGAGCGCGGGGACUUCUCUUUAUUGCCUCUCCCCCCUCCUUCCCUCUCUUCCCGGUACUUAUUUAUUUAUUUCACUCGCAAGUGGCCGGAGCAACGAACACCAUCCUCUAGCCCCCGUCUCUCAAGCGCUCGUCCCUUCUCCACCACCACCACCACCACGGCGACACUCGGGGGGAGUGCUGCAGGAGAGGCUGCUGCUGCUGCUACACCAAGGGAGCCGAGAGCGGUCAUUGUUUCCUGCACGGGCUGUUGUGCCCCCACGACACGCGACCUAACAUAGGACAGAGGCUAUAUUCACGAGCACCCAAUGCACGCGCCAUAGGUAGGCUAUCCGUUGUUUUCAUAUAGGCGCACCAGUUCAGAGAGAGAGAGAGAGACGUUUAGACAAACAGUCUAUGCGUUCGGCUUGUACACGCACACCGAUGCGAGCAGGUAGGGCAUGCAGUUCUCGUGGUUCUACACGAUUCACAUACACACAGCAGCAGCAGCAGGGAAAUUAACAACACAGCACCAGUUGAGAUGGUAGGAUGCACUUACCCGCGGCAGUCUAGAUCACACCGGGUUACGCGCGUGUUACGGACACUCAAGAGUGACUAUUUAUGAAUCUGUUGCGUACUCCGAUGUAGGUAAACAGCUGAAGCGUACGCCAGUUGUGUGCGUUUUGUCUUCGUCUUCUUCCAUUCCUUGGGCGGCGAUAGCGUUUACAGCACGGCUGGCGUGGGCUAUUGUUGUAAGCCGUCUAGGGCUGGGUUGGUGAUUAUUGAAUACCGCGGUCGAAGGCGACUCCUCCGACACGUGGAGGGCAACCACAGCGCGCAAGAGGUCCGUACCAACACCGUCAGAAUUUGUCAACACAAUUGUCGCGUGUUGGUGGCCAGAUUAAGUUGUUUACCGAAUUGCGGCGAGACUUUUUUUACAUUAAUAUUUUUGUUUUAAAUCACAAUGACAAAUGUACGAACGUAUACUUCAUUGUGUUGAAAUUCGAUAACAACAUCGCGUCAGAUGUAUUUCGUUGGCGAUUCGUGCGUUGAGAAACCGCUCCAUUUGGAAAUGUAACCUUGCAAGACCGGUUUAGGUAUAUGGGGGUACGUGUUACCGAUGUUAUAUAUGCACGCUGCACUUGCACGUUACUUACAUAGGAAUUUAAACACGCAUUGCCAUAUAAUAAUAACAACAUAGGGGUGUUACCUAGAAACACUCGGCAAUCUGGGUGAACAGGCAGCACACGACAAUGUAUCGAUAGCUGCAGGCUAUCGAUACAUAAUCUGUGCGAUCUAUAGGUCUACAACUAUAAACAUCCACACAUACAUAUCAAGUCGUCAGGCAAGUCGACUACGUACACAGACAUAGUGUAUGGAUGCACAUCAAUUCUAGGAUACAUACAAUUCUGGGAUAUACCCACGUCUAGGAUAUACACGUGUGCACUAAACUACAUAAAAUCAAUCUCGGCAAAAUACACCUUCUUGCUAGUAAAUAGGCUAUCUAGAGGUACCCAUUCUAUAAAUAAAUACACGAAUCUAUAGGUCGAGAGCUUACAGACACACACAUCAAGAAAUACACGUACACAUUUUGACAUACACAAAAAUACACAUUGAGGUAUUUCAGCAGCAGCAGCAGCACGAUCAUACUCUCAAAUUACAAAGACCCCUCCCCGAAAACCUUAACAGACUAUUGGGGUAAGUGCAGCUAGCGAGACACAACACCCACCAUAGCCUUUAACAGACUAUUGGAACAAGUUCUAUUGGCAAGCACCUAUUAAGAUCAGUCCGGCAACCAAAGAGGGUUGGUUGGUCGUGGCCAGAAUUCCACACACACACACAACUCUCACACAACUCGCACACACACACACACGCGUAUAGUUGCACGUACCAACUCGUACACAGCACACACACACACAGCACACUGCGGUGGGCUACAAGGGUACACGGCGAGCCCCGUGGUAGCAGCAACAGAAGUUGUCGUCGUCGGCGGCGGCGGCGGCACGCAGAUUGGAAGAGACGAUGCCGUUCUUCUACAUCGUGGACGACCUGCCCCAGUCGCCGUGCGCGCCCCGUCUGGAGCAGUUUGUGGAGCAGCACCACCGCCAGUACCGCGCCAGCGCUAGCGCCAUCCGCAGCCGCGCCGAGCGCCUGCAGGAGCCGCCCGGGUGCGCCCCGCGGCGCUUCGCGGAGCUGCGCGCCGAUUGCCUCCGCAACGGCUCCCUCUACGUGGACCGCGACUUCCUCGCAGGGGACGCAGUGCUGGGGCCCUCCCUGCGCGACCAGCGGUGCAGUUGGCGCAGGCCCACGGAAAUAUGCUACAACCCACAGUUCAUUGUGAAUGGAGCCACAAGAACCGACAUCAAGCAGGGGGCUCUGGGCGACUGCUGGCUGCUGGCAGCCAUUGCGUCCCUGACCCUGCACCCCAGGCUGUUGGCUCGCGUAGUGCCAGAAGGACAGAGCUUCAGCGACGGCUACGCCGGCAUCUUCCACUUCCAGUUCUGGCAGUUUGGCGAGUGGGUGGACGUGGUUAUUGACGACCUGCUACCCACGCAGAACAACAAGCUGGCUUUCCUGCACUCCACAGACCGCAACGAGUUCUGGAGUGCGCUGCUGGAGAAGGCCUAUGCAAAGCUCAAUGGCUCAUAUGAGGCCCUCAAGGGUGGCAGCAUUGCCGAGGCCAUGGAGGAUUUCACGGGCGGUGUGUUCGAGUUCUACGACCUGAAGAAGGCACCUCCAGAUCUCUACCGCAUCAUGCGCAAGGGCUUAGAGAAGGCGUCUAUGAUGGGCUGCUCGAUUGAUAUCACAAGCAUGUUUGACCUGGAGGCACGACUGCCCAAUGGGCUGGUGAAAGGCCACGCCUACUCCAUCACGGGCCUUGACCAGGUGUUUUUUGAGGGACAAGAUGUAAGGUUGGUGCGAAUCAGGAAUCCGUGGGGAGAGGUGGAGUGGAAUGGGGCCUGGAGCGAUAACUCAUGGGAGUGGAGGGUCGUCGAUGUUUCGGAGAGACGUCGACUGGAGCAAGUCCGAGCGGAGGAUGGAGAAUUCUGGAUGUCCUUCUCGGACUUCAAGCGUAACUUUUCCAAGAUGGAGAUCUGCAACCUGUCGCCCGACACGCUGCGCACGCAGAGCGGCUCGCGCCACUGGACGGUGACGGCACACGAGGGACGCUGGCUGCGCGGUUGCACCGCCGGGGGCUGCCGCAACUACGCAGGGACGUUCUGGACCAACCCACAGUUUCACUUGCGAUUGCACGAGGAGGAUGACGACCCGGAUGAUGAUGAGGUGGCCUGCUCUUUCAUCGUCGCCCUCAUGCAAAAGAACAUGCGGCGUCAGAAGCGAGACCUGCUCACCAUCGGCUACGCCAUUUACGAGGCGCCGCCCGGGUGCACGCACCUGCCGGGGGAAUUCUUUGUGCGGAACUCCUCACGCGCCCGCAGCCACAACUUCAUCAACCUGCGCGAGGUGUCGGACCGCUUCCGCCUGCCGCCCGGCCACUACGUCAUCGUGCCGUCCACGUACGAGCCGCAUCAGGAGGCCGACUUCCUGCUCCGGGUCUACUGCGAGAAGAUGAACAGAUCGAGAGAGUCGGACGACAGAAUUGGUGCCAACAUUGAAGAGCCCAGCAUGCCCGUGGAGGUGGUGGAGACGGACGAGGACCGUAGGUUCACACAGGUCUUCAAGAAGCUGGCCGGCGAGGACAUGGAGAUCAGCCCCAGGGAACUGCAGGACCUCUUAAACAAAGUUACUGCCAAACAUGGCGAGCUCAAGUCCGAUGGAUUCAGCUUGUACGCCUGCCAGAGCAUGGUUGCCCUCAUGGAUUCUGAUGGAAGCGGAAAACUCGGCCUUCCCGAAUUCAAACUGCUCUGGGAGAAAAUCAAAAUGUGGCAGGCAAUCUUCAGGAAGUAUGAUGAGGAUCGUUCGGGUACCAUGUCGUCGUAUGAAAUGCGAGCAGCUCUCAAUGCUGCAGGAUUCCACCUGAACAACCAGAUGUAUCAGCUGAUCACCAUGCGCUACGCCGACGAGAGUAUGACCAUCAAGUUUAACGACUAUAUUACCUGUAUGGUGCGAUUGGAGGCCAUGUUCAGAAUAUUCCAUGCCCUUGACAAAGACAAACGUGGCGUUAUCAGACUGGGACUGGGUUUGUGGCUGCAGUUGACCAUGUACGCAUGAGGUCUUCACCGAUUGGCCACCAGGAGCAAGGAGAGCAGAGCCUGCACCAAUCAGAAGCAAGCAUGUGCAUGAAAAUGUGCCAGAAAAAAUAUUCACCGAGUUGAAUAUCGUGCUGAGUGUCAAAGUGGAGCCUUCAGCAGGGUGCUUUUAGCUCCGGCAGUACUGUUACAUUUUUAUUACAUUGCUGAGACGUCAGUUUUAAGUUUGACAAAUUUUGGUACGCCCUCGUGUAUGAGAAUACCGUUGUGUUUUUACGCCAUUGAUCGGUGCAUUGAUAAUGUGCAUGGUAUCUGUUUAAAUUGUAUGGAGCUAGCAGGCAUGUGUAGCCAACUUGUGGCCAUGUGAUAUAGUUAAUUGGGGAGCUGGUAUUAUUUAGAGGAGAUUGAAGGUAUGUUUCUGCCCCCCUGGUAAGGAGAUCUAAAAUAUGUCUUGUAAAGUGAUGCUUUUCUGUCAUCUGGUUGUUCGGGGGCAGCCUGGUGUUGGAUUGUGUGAGGAUGGAGCAUUGCAAUGGCUUUCGUGCUGAUCUGUGAACUGCUGUUCAAUUUCCUGAGUUGCAGAUCCCUCAGAUGUGUGUUGCUAAAUGGGGCUUGGCAUGUAAAGGAGCAAUAUUAUAAGUUCGUGCACUGAGAAUUACAGCAACGGUACUUUUCUAUAAACAACGGUACUUUUCAACAGUGGAUGUCGUAUUGAGGGACUGGCCCCUUCCGAAAGAAUGUGGAAUUUUAACAAACUGGUUCAGGGCCACCAGUACCCUCACUCGUUUGAAAAAACGAAACCAGCCGGACUUUUAUAAAGGCAUGUACUUCCAGUAGAAUAACUGACAAAACAUAAUGUCUUAAUCAGUUUUAUGUUUGUCUACAAAAAGGGUAAACAUUUCUAAAAGGAGUAAUUGGUCAGAUCAUUGAUGGAGCAAAGUCAAAGUGAACCAUUUAUAUUGGCAUUUUUUUACAGGGGAGUAAAGAAAAUAAUAUUGUAAAUUAUUCGAUCAACAUACAGGAUUGGAUCAUUAAUACUGGACUGGUCCGCUUCAAGUAAAAAGGCUAUACAUGUGUGUGCAAAUUGUGGACAAGUAUUGGAAUUGUCUGCAUUGGAGAAUUGUGCAUGAUGAUUUAUGUAACUUUUAAUUCAUCCUCCCUGCUCCAGCUGUGGCCUCUUCUGCAAGUCACCGUUGGCAUUACUUGAUGGUAAAAAAAGCAUGGAGCGGAAUUUGCGAAACCUGCAGGCAUGGCAGCAGGAGGGGAUGGUAAAGCUAUCUGCGCCAUUGUUUUUUGUUGUGAAGCUAUGGGUUUACAAAGUGUUCUCCGGUGGCGUUAUUGUCGUAAGCCGUCCAUAACGGAUGCACCUUGCGUCCAAAGGGAACCACUUGGUUUAAGGUCAGAUGUCCGCACACUGCUAUUCAGUCGGACUGUGGUGUGACAGAGCCAAAUGACUCACGAUUUGGUUUGAUGCACCACAUUGUCGGAAGUUCGCGUUUUUCCUUUGGUCAGAAUGUCACUGCUGGCUCAGGGUAAUGAAUGGAGGUGAGUACUGCCUCGGACUUGUUUGAGCAAGGCAAAGAUUUUGACUUUUGUCCAAGACAGAGUGGAAGGCAAAACAUAAUGCAAAUGUAACAUUUUAAGUCAAGUGGUAUUUUUUUUAUAAAAAUGUUAAACUUAUGUAGAUUUCAAGGAAUUAUUUCAACUCUCACAGAAAGGUAAAUUGCACGUGUGUGUGUGUUGGGAGCAGUAGUGUAGUGGUUUAGCGCUACGCUGCGCUCUGAACCCGGCGGCCCGGGUUCGAUUCCUGCUCAUGGCCAACACCAGUGACGAUUAUCUAAACCGGUC